AUGGAUAAACAACAAUCACCAAACGAUCCUUGCCUCUGUGGGGGAAUAUUGGUUUCAAACCAAAAGACACUGACCCAUCCAUAUCCAAAUGACGCACGCCAAUGCUCAACUUGUUUAGAUUUCUAUACAGUCUGUCAUGAUUGUGGAUACGCAAUAAGCGACUGGUGGUGUAUGCAAGAAAUUAGUGAAAAGGUUUAUGAACAUGAAGACAACCUUUAUUGCCAAUCAUGUUAUUUCGAUUCCUAUUUUGAAGAUAGCGAUUACGACUCGGAUGGUUUCUGGAUUGAAACCUAG